UAGUUUGAUUUGGAAACUGUUUCAGUACAUAAAUGUUGCAUGAAGACAAAUUAAUUAUAACAUACAGAUUAUGUAUCGUAAACGCAAGUAGCCAAUAGUACUUUAAGCAAUUACCUAGACUGUACACAAGUCAUGCAUUUGUUUAAAAGAACUUGCAAGCAUGAAAACAUGAAAAUACAAAUGAAAGGGUUUCUCCUUUUUUGUAAGUCAUUUAUUUCAAAUUAAGAUUGCCAUUUUUUUUAUUUUAGCUUUGAAAAAUUACAAAAAAACUAUGUAUUCAACAUUUAAAAUAUUUUCUUCCCUCUAGCUUGCCAAGUUAAGGAAUACAUUUCUGGCAAAAUGUUCUACAUGCAGCUGCUUAUAAAUAAGCGUGGGCCUUUGUCCAAGAUAUGGCUGGCUGCUCACUGGGAUAAGAAAGUCACAAAGGCUCAUAUAUUUGAAUGCAAUUUAGAAGCUACCAUUGAAAAAAUGCUCUCCCCUAAGUUUAAAAUUGCUCUUCGUACCUUGGGACACCUUUUGCUAGGAGUGGUGAGGAUUUAUCACAGAAAAACCAAGUAUCUUUUGACAGACUGCAGUGAAGCCCUACUUAAAAUGCAAUCAACUUUUCAACCAGGGCUUGUUGACCUUCCAAAAGGAAAUUCUGAGGCUAAUUAUGAUGCCAUCACACUUCCUGAAGAGUUUUAUGAUUUUGACACCCAACUUCCAGACACAAAUGCCAUUGAGGUCGCCCAACAUUUUACACUGCACCAGAGCAAAACUGAGGACAUCACAUUGACAGAAUUUUAUGGGCUGAAUGUUCUCCAUAGGGGCAAUUUUGAUGAAGACAUUGAAAUUCCAAGGCACGCUAGCUUUUUCAGUGACAGUUUCAUAAACAGCUCCAACAGCCUCCUGGCUGAUCACAGUUCUUCGAAUUUAACUGGAGACAAAAUUGCAUUAGAGUAUGAUGGAUUUGGAGAUGAAGGAGCUGGAAGAGAUAUGAUUGAUGAUGUUCUUGGAACUGACCAGAAUGGCCUCCUUGCAAUAUUUGACAUGGAAGAGGAACUUCCUUUACCCCCCAAAGAUCCAGUUGAUAACAGAAAAGACCCUACUAUGGAUCCAAACAAGGCUGUAUCCAAACAUGAAACAAGACAUCACCAACUUGAUGAAACAACGUUAUUGUGCAGUGAGGAAGAGGGCUUUGUUCUUUAUCCUAUUGUUGAUCCAGCUCUCCUAAAGAAACAAAAAAGUAAAAAGAAAAGGAAGUUACUCAUUGACCCGGUGAAGCAGCUCAGCAAAGCUACCAUGCAAAAGCAGCUUACAAAUUACGAGGAUACGCUAGCCGCCUUGCAUAUUGCACCUCCAACCAAGAAGCUGAUGGUUUUACAAGAGUUGGGCAGUGUAGACAAACUUCUGACCAGACCCACCCAGCCUUUCUUUAGUGAAGAUCUGCAGAGGCUGUUUGCUAAAUGUCUCAAGAUUAGAAGAAAAAAAUGGCAACAAAAGACUGAAGAAAGAAGCAAACAACAAAAUGCCCAAGAACUAUCAGUAGCAGAAAGCUUAAAUAUACAGCAGGACAUAAAUUAUCCCCAAAAAGAAUCUGUGUUACAAAGUAGCAGAAAUGAAAGGGGUGACAAUACAUUUUUUAUAACUAUGGAAUCAGUUAAUGACGUGUCUGCUUUGUCCGAUGACCUUUUACCAUCUUCAGUACAACAAGAAUCCGAAAACGGGCAAGCUGUCUUGGAAAAUGGAUCCCAGACAAGUAAUUUGGACAAUGAAGAACAAAGGAGAAGUAAGAGAACAUUAAAGCUAUUAAAUACUUUCCGGCACUUCGAACAACAAGGAGCAAAAUCGUUCAGCUUUCUCUCCCUCUGCAAGGACCAGAACAAGAAAGAAGUGGCAGAGAACUUCUACAGCUUGCUGGUUCUCCAGAAACAACAAACGAUUGAGCUGGCCCAGUCAGCUCCUUACGCUGAUAUUAUAGUGACUGCGGGACCCAGGUUUCGUACUCUCUGAAGGCCAGAGAAGGCCCCUCGAAACACAGAUUGGAAACUGACUGUUCCCUUUAAGCAAAAUUCAGCCUCCCUUCUCUGAGUCAAGUAGAGACAACUAGCAACAAUUAAGCUAUAAUGUAAGUAGCCUGCCUAGCAGUCAAGCCGCAAGCUGAAAGUUAAGAAAAGGAUGGUUUUUAACCAGUAUUAAAAGUUACACGGGCUACUUGUUUCUUCACGUUAAGUUUGCUUAUUUUUGGUUCUUCAUGCUUAUUUACCUAGAUGCCUGCUUUCAGGCAUUCCCUGGAAGGGGUAGAUAUGGAGCAAGGAUGCUGUCUCCAAAGUUCCACUUUUUCAAGCCAAAAAUAAUAGAGGUGGGGCGCCAGUUCUUCCCUUCUCUUCAUCUUGGACCUUAUCUGAAUCUCCUGGCUGUCUCUUUUCUUCUUAUCUAAAAAAUGAUAAAAUGAAAUAAUUUGCCCAUCAGAAAACAUUGGAGGGAGUAAGAAUACGAUGAAAUAAUGUGGAAAAGUUUUUAAGCUGUGUCUAAUUAAGAUAUUUAUCCAUGCUGGUUUAAACUAUGGAUUUUAUUGUACCUUAUUUUGUUCUUGAAAGCUUUGGACUAUAAUGUGGUCUUAAUUUAAUUUAUUAAACCUCUUAAACACC